UCUGAUUUUAGAUACGCCCAAAUAAAAAUUAUCUAAUUAAUGAAGAUAGGAGAGUCGUGCGUGGAUUAUUAAAAAUGUGAGGGGGCAUUGGAGAGGAUCCGACUCCCAGAGCAAAUUGCCAACGACCCCGUUCAAACGAUAUGUCAUUUUUUCAAGUCAGCCACGUUAACCUUUGAACUUCCAUGUCUCAACAGUGGAGUAGCUUCCAUUUUUAACGAUCGUCCCCAAUUUUCAAACUCCUAAAAAUACAGCUACUCCACUCAUCAUCUCUCUCUCUCUCUCUCUCUCUCUCCUUUGUUGUUUGUUCCAGAGAUGGCUCAUGCUUGUGCCCUUGCAGCUCUUCUUCUUUUGCAACCUAUGAUUGCAAGGAGUGACUUCUUAUCUCCAAUUCUUUCUCCUGUGUUUGAUGUGUGCAAGAAAGUGGAAUGUGGAAAAGGAACCUGCAAGCCAUCCCAUAACAGCACUUUGUUUUAUGAAUGUGAAUGUGAUUCUGGCUGGAAGCAGACUCGCUCAGACCAUGAUGAUAAUCUCAAGUUUCUUCCUUGCAUAGUACCCAAUUGUACACUGGACUACACAUGUCAGGCAGCUCCCUCGCCGGUUCAAGAUAAAUCAACCAAAUCUAAUGCAUCAAUUGUUGAUCCCUGUUUCUGGACUGAUUGUGGAGGCGGUUCCUGUAACAAGACAUCUACUUUCACUUAUAGAUGCGAAUGUACAGAGGGUUACUAUAACCUUCUCAAUGUCUCUGCCUUUCCAUGCUUCAGAGAAUGCUCGAUCGGAAUGGACUGUUCAAGACUUGGGAUUUCACUUUCAAAUAGGUCAGCUGCACCAGCACCUGUAUUAACUGAUAGCAGUCAGAAUCAAGGUGGUUCAAGUCUUAAACAAAGUUUCCCUUGGUUGAUGGUAUUAAUCAUGUCUCUGGCUAUGAUUCAGUGGACAUAGAACUGGAGGUGCCACAUUCCAGUUAGAUUGAUCAUCUGCUUUUGAUUUAGUGUUUGAUGCCUCAUUUUAGUUAAAUAAUUGCAUUUCCGUAUGUAGAUUUCCAUAUUAUAUGAAUACGAAUUCCUAUUGCAGGAAUUAGGAUAGCACAUGAUGCAGAGAGGUGUUUUUUUCACAGAGGUGUACAGAACAUGCUAUCACAUAUAUAUGCCAGAUGCUGUUUGUGUUUA